AUGCCUCCCAAGUCCGGAAAGAAGACCGCCGCCAUGCCCUACCCCCAGGGCAAGGCUGGCUCGUCCAAGAAGGCCGCUAAGAACCCUCUCAUCGAGAAGCGUUCCCGCAACUUCGGCAUCGGCCAGGACAUCCAGCCCAAGCGCAACCUGUCCCGCUUCGUCAAGUGGCCCGAAUAUGUCCGCCUGCAGCGCCAGAAGAAGAUUCUGAACAUGCGCCUGAAGGUUCCUCCUUCGAUCGCUCAGUUCCAGAGCACCCUGGACCGCAACACCGCUGCCCAGACCUUCAAGCUCCUCGCCAAGUACCGCCCUGAGACCAAGGCCGAGAAGAAGGAGCGUCUCGUCCAGGAGGCCACCGCCGUCUCCGAGGGCAAGAAGAAGGAGGAUGUCUCCAAGAAGCCCUACCACGUCAAGUACGGUCUCAACCACGUCGUCGGCCUCGUUGAGAACAAGAAGGCUUCCCUCGUCCUGAUUGCUCACGACGUUGACCCCAUUGAGCUGGUUGUCUUCCUCCCCGCUCUCUGCCGCAAGAUGGGUGUCCCAUACGCCAUCGUCAAGGGCAAGGCUCGUCUCGGAACCGUUGUCCACAAGAAGACCUCCGCCGUUCUGGCUCUGACUGAGGUCCGCUCUGAGGACAAGGCUGAGUUCUCCAAGCUCCUCUCUGCCAUCAAGGAGGGCUACACCGACAAGUACGAUGAGUCCCGCCGCCACUGGGGUGGUGGUAUCAUGGGUGCCAAGGCCAACGCCCGCCAGGAGAAGAAGCGCAAGGCUGUUGAGAACGCCAUCAAGGUCUAA